GUUCAACGGUGACUGCUCUUCAAGCGCGGGAGCCUGGGCCUGGGCGCCAUGCGCGACCACAUCGGGGCUCGCUCGGCCCGGCGCGCCCAUGUUUAUAGACUUCCCUGCAAAUGUGCUGGGAAGCUUCUUGAUUGGAUCUCUCACUGCGGGCAGCGCUCUUCCAACCUUGUUUCCUCAGCUCGGCGCCGCUGGGGCAGCAGUGGUCAAACCCCUGCAGCUGCUCUUUCUGCCUCGCGACUGGUCGCUUCAGUCGCACGCCGCGCUUCACAUCGGCAUGCGGACCGGCUAUUGCGGCUCGCUCACCACCUUCUCCAGCUGGAUUCUUCAGGUUGUGGUGCUGAUGGUGGGCCGCACGGCGGCCGGCGCCAGCGGUGCAGCCGAGGGCACGCAGUGGGUUGAGGCGCUAUGGGCCAUCUACGUGGGCGUAUCCGGGCCGCUUGUUGCGCUGGUGGUGGGGCAGCAGGCCGGCAUGGCUGUAGCACACGCCCUGGCCCGCCGCGAAGUGGCUGUAGCAGGGCAGCCCGCAGCGGCGGCGGCGGCGGAUGCGGGACCAGCAGCGAAGACGGAUGGUGAGGCAUCGACGCUGCCGCACCAACCGCCGCAGCAGUCAGGACAACCGGAUGGUCGGCAGCAGCCGCAGCCAGGGUCAAGGCCGGUGGCGGAGGCGACGGCAGCCGAGGAGGCACUUCUGCCGCCCGCCGCCAGCCAAGGCCAACUGGCGGCUGCAGCCGACGCGUCUGCCGACGGUGGGUGUGUAACCGUCACGGUGCAGAGCGCAGCGGUUGCCGAAGCGACGGAGCCGACUGCUACUACCACUGCCACAAACACCAUUAACAAUCACAGCAACAACAACAUCGGCAACGCCAACAACACUAGUAACGGCAACGCCAUAGUUCUGCCCACCGGCGCUGGGGCAAUGGCGGCGGCGGCUAACGCGGCGGAGCCGCGCCUGCCGCUCACGGCGCCGCCGCCAGCGCCGCCAGCCGUGGCGCCGCAGCCGCAGCCGCUGCUGCUGCCGCACCUCGCGGCAGACGUGGCCGCGCUGCUUGCGCUGCUGACGCUGACGGGCGUGUCAGCCGCAUACGCCCAUCAAGACCGGGAGCCGGCCGGCAACCCACGCCGCAUGUGGUGGAUAGCCAUCCUGUUGGGCCCGCCCGGCGCCGUGCUGCGCUGGUACUUGUCCCGCUUCAACGCCGUGCCUGCCUCCUGGCGCGGCUGUAGCAGAGGCUGCGGCUUGGGAUUUGGCGGUAGCAGCAGCUGCGGCGGCAGUGGCAGCGGCAGCAGUGGCAGUGGCAAGGUCGGAGGCGGGGAGGGGAGCUGGGCGUGGCUGCAGCUGGGCACGUUCGUCGCCAACCUGGCCGCCUGCUGCCUCAACUUCACGGCUGAGGCGAUUCUGUUCCGGCAGGGAGGCUCCAUGACAGACCUGCAGGCUGUGGUGCUGCAGGCGCUCAUGACCGGCACGGCCGGCUGCCUCAGCACCGUUUCCACCUGGGUAGUGGAGCUGCAAAAGCUCUCUGCCGCCUCCCCCAACGGCGCGGGCGCCGCCGCAUACAAGUACGGCGCCGUGUCGGUUAUAACCCCCGUCGUGCUGGGGCUGCUGGCGUACGGCGUGCCGGCAUGGACGGCGCCGCGGCCGUAGCUGCUGUACACGGCGUACGGCAAUUUUGGCCACUCGGAUCCAAUCAGUCAGGUGGUGUGUAAGCUGGAGGCCGAGAAGCUGGAGGCCGAGGAGGAGGAGGGGCUGAGGGGGCCGUGACUGGCGACGCGGGGAUGGCGCGGAUGACGGCCGCCCCGCAGUGUGUCAGUGUGUAGGUACGAAUGCGGGUUGUGGCGUGGUGAGCCGUUGCGGAACUGAGGCUCAGGACUCAGGACAUACCCAGAUCACUAUCA